AUGGCUUUGCUGUGGCUGCUCGUCCUGCUGGCCCUGGCCGAGCCCGUGGGGGGCACCUGGGACACCUGCAGAGGCACCUGCGGGCUCCGGCCCUUGGCGUAUGACCACAGCUCUGUGUCUGCCAACUACGACCACCCUGACGGUGACUACGCAGCCUUGGGCUCUUCUGAUGGCACUGCCGUGAGCGAGGACAGCCCCGGUGUCCCCUCAGGGGCCUGGCCUGGUAUUGUCAGCGUCCAGGCCACCCUGGAGAAUGGCACGUGGCACAUGUGCUCGGGGGCCCUCAUCAGCCCCCAGUGGGUGCUCACGGUGGCACAGUGCUUCGCCAGGGCUGGGGACAUCUCCAUUUACAAGGUGGUGAUGGGGACCACGGACGUGGCCCAGCCCGGCCCCGAGGCUGCAGUGAGACGCAUCAAGCGGCUCCUGGUGCACCAGCACUACGACCCCCGCACGGCCCGGAACAACAUCGCCCUGCUGGAGCUGGACCAGCCCGUGGAGUGCAGCGACUACAUCCAGCUGGGCUGCGUGCCCGACCGCUCCCUGGCGGUGUCCGAGCUGAAAACCUGCUACAUCGCGGGCUGGAGGAACACCCCGGACAGCGCCCCCAGCCCACGCCUGGUGCUGCAGGAGGCCAAGGUGCGGCUCAUCGACGUCCAGCUGUGCAACAGCAGCCGCUGGUACGGGGGGGCCGUGCACCCCCAGGACCUGUGCGCGGGGUACCCGCGGGGCGGCAUCGACACCUGCCAGGGGGACAUCGGGGGUCCCCUGGUCUGCAAGGACCACCUUGGUGACUACUUCUGGCUGGUGGGCCUGGCCAGCUGGGGCAAGGGCUGCGUCGGAGAGAAACGACCCGGAGUGUUCGCCUCCACCCAGCACUUCCGAGGAUGGAUCCAAGUCCAGAUGGGAAUGGUCCCAGCAGACCCAAGCCCCACACCGGCAGAGCUCCCCCUGACCCCAGCCCCCGCCCCAUUGAUGUCCCCUACCCCGCCCCUGACCCUGACUGUCAUUGAGACCACACCAAAGCCGGAAUCGGAGGACUUCAUCACGGUUUCAUUCCCGAAAUCCAUCCUGCUGAAAUUCUUCGAGAGUCUGCAGAAGUUCCUGGAGUUCCUGAGGGACAAAUUGCGUUGAUCAGGAGGGGCAGCAGGUCCAGUUCUGGCUGCAGA